AUGUCUCCUAGUGAAGUUGACGGCAAGGGCGAUGUGCCCAUUGAGGAACGACCAAUGUCCAUCACAACGAUCUCUAGCCCUAACCGACUUGUUGCACUAUGGGAAAAAUCCGCGGCGCUCCUCGGAAUCGAACUGCAGGGAAGUGAGCCCGUAUCAGCUUCCGAGAAGACCGAUCGUCGUUACUUCUCUUUGCUUACUUUGUGGUUUUCCAUGAACUUCAAUCUCAUCGCGGUCUCUACCGGCAUGUCAGGCACAAUGAGCUACGGGCUUGGGUUGAAAGAGUGCUCGUUAAUCAUUCUUUUCUUUGGCAUGCUGACUGCCCUUUCAGCCCCGUAUUUGUCACUGCUUGGGGUGAAACUUGGUCUCCGGCAGAUGCUUCAUGCCCGAUACGCUUUCGGGCUUUACGGUGUGUCGGUUCCUCUGGUCCUAAACAUGGCAACUCUCGCAGGGUAUGGUAUUAUUGACUGUAUUCUCGGUGGGCAAGCGCUUUCCGCGAUUAACCCGGAAAGAUUGUCACUGGAUGGCGGGAUUGUAAUAAUUGCUAUGAUCACCCUGGCUAUCAUUCUAUUCGGGGUCCGAAUGCUGCAUAUCUUUGAUUUGUACUCGUGGUUCCCCACGCUGGUCGGGAUUCUUGUGGCUACCGGAUGCGGUGGAAAGCAUCUUCACUUGCAAACUGUCCCUGACUCAGUAGUUGCUCAGGAUAUACUGUCAUUUGCGGCCUUGGUGGCUGGAUUUUUCCUCCCUUGGUCUGCAGUUGCUAGUGAUUUCACAGUCUACUUUGACACCAAGUCCAAAAAAACUGCAAUUUUUGUGCCGUCCUACAUUGGACUUCUCAUUGGUGGUGUCCCUCUUAUGAUCCUUGGAGCGGCUAUCGGAGGUGCCGUUCCAAACGUCCCUUCCUGGCAGGAAGGCUACAACAAUAGCAGCGUAGGAGGAGUGCUGGGUGCCAUGCUGGAGCCAGCAGGGGGGUUUGGCAAAUUCCUUCUCGCUCUCCUCGGCCUCAGCGUGCUCGGAAACGUGACUGGCUCUGUGUAUGCUCUCACUCUCAAUUUCCAGGCCUUUCUUCGUAUGAUGCGCAUUCGCGCCCCUCGCGUCCUCUGCACAAUCAUCGUGAUGGCUAUCAUCAUUCCGGUUUCCAUUCGCGUUGCCGCAGAAUUUUUCCAAUCUCUAAAUAACUUACUUGGUGUCAUCAGCUACUGGCCGGCCUGUUUUAUUGCUGUCGUUCUCUUGGAACACUUGCACUUCAGAAAGGGUAGCUGGGAGUGGUAUGAUUUGCGCAGCUGGGAUCAAUUCCAAGCUUUACCCACGGGGAUCGCAGCACUCGCUGCCUCAGUGCUCAGUUUUGGCCUCGUAGUCCCCGGAAUGUCACAGACAUGGUACACCGGUCCUAUCGGGCAGUGUACGGGGGAUAUUGGCUUCGAGGUUGCGUUUGUUUUGACUGCUCUUUUCUACCUACCGUUGCGGAUGCUAGAAGUCAGGUUUCGCAAACUGGGAUCUGCUACGAGCGUUCUGUUUGAAGCUCGCCUAGAACAAGCCGGCCUGCUCAAGCGGGUCGUCGACGCCAUCAAAGACCUCGUCCAGGAUUGCAAUUUUGACUGCAAUGACUCCGGAAUCGCCCUCCAAGCCAUGGACAACUCGCACGUUGCCUUGGUCUCUAUGAUGCUGAACGCAGAAGCCUUCUCGCCGUACCGCUGCGACCGCACCGUCGCACUGGGCAUCAAUCUGGUGUCGCUGACCAAGGUUCUGCGCGCGGCUCAAAACGAGGAUAUCCUGACAUUGAAGGCGGAGGAUUCCCCGGACGUGGUCAACCUCAUGUUUGAGAGCGCCGAGACCGAUCGUCUCAGCGAGUAUGAUAUUAAGCUUAUGGAUAUUGAUCAGGAGCACUUGGCUAUUCCGGAUACCGAGUAUUCUGCUACAGUUAAAAUGCCGUCGGCCGAGUUUCAGCGUAUUUGUCGGGAUUUGAAUGCGCUUUCUGAGUCUGUUGUCAUCGAGGCUACAAAAGAAGGCGUCAAGUUCUCCUGCCAGGGUGACAUUGGCAACGGCUCCGUGACCGUCCGCCAGCACACCAAUGUCGAGAAGCCUGAUAAUAACGUGUCCAUCGAACUCAGUGAGCCGGUCGCCCUGACGUUCUCGCUCAAGUAUUUGGUCAACUUUUGCAAAGCCACUGCUCUGUCGACCCAGGUUAAGCUCUGCCUUUCUCAGGAGGUGCCUUUGCAAGUGGAAUAUGGUCUAGGCAGUGGUCAUCUGCGCUUCUUCCUUGCUCCUAAGCAAAGAAACGCAGCAUUGAAGGGGGCGACGCUUGGAGAGAAAGAAGAGAAGAAGAAGAAGGAAACGUUUUUGAAAUUUGCUCUAGACAUACACGUCCCUGUCACUCGUUUUAUCUCCUCCCGCUGCUGUCGCAUCAAUCCGCCGAACGUCCAACAAGCUUUGAUUGCUGCGAAUGCCGUAAAUCGACUCCGAAAGAAAGCGACUCUUGACACCCUGUCCCACUCCUUCGCAGUGGGCAACACCGCCAAAACGGCUACCUCCACGUUGGACGACGCUUCUCGUUACGAGCCCGGCUCCGUGACGGAGCAAUUCUCCAAAAUUCCGUCGUCGCAAUCCCGCGCCUCGCUUCUUGGAGGCACCCACGACUCUUCCUUUCGCUCGCCGACGAGUCUGUUUCCCGAGCGUCAAGGGUACAGGCAGGUCUAUGGCCCGCCGCGAGUGAGCAAAAUGUACAUUCCUAACUCGAAGUGGACGUGGAUGUUUGUCAUUAUCGCCGUCGUUCAGGCAGCUGUUAUUCUCGGUCUUGAAUCAUACGUGUUUGCCAAUUUCCAGAUUCACUCUGUAUCCUUAGCCCAAGUUUUCCAAACAACAAAGACGAUCCCGACUUUUUUCUCGCUUUAUACCUUCGGUUUCAUCUACGAGUUGAUUCUGGUCUACGAUGCAUUGCGUCUCAAGAACACCAUUCAAAUCAUUGGCAUCUGCUGUUGCAAUGUUGGCCUUCUCAUCUACGGUGCCGUACAGACCGUGGAAGAUGAGGGAGUUCUGGAUAACAACCUCUGGAAAGAGACCAGAGCCAUCCUGAUUGCGAUCCCUUGCAUUCUGGCCGGCACCUCCAUUAUGAUGUCGUUUGUGGCCUGGAAGCUGUACGAUGAAUUUGCGUGGACGAUUUACAAACACAUCAGUGCCGAUUUGCGAAUGAAACGCCGCUAUCUGACGUACCAGAUUUACAUUGCCCUGCUGAAGUUCGAUUUCUUCUUCUUCUUGGGCUUCACAGUCCAGUUCAUUGUCAUCGUCACCGAGAAGACGGAUGUGGAGUUUGCUUUGACGAUCGCUGCUAUUCCAGUUACCAUUCUGAUUUUGAUCUUUGCUGCUUAUUUCACGCGGCGCGAAAACACACUCGGCAUGUGUGCCAUUAUCGUUCUCUAUUUCGGUGGAUUGGCAUACUUCCUCUUCAAACUCGUACGCAUGUACCAGCCGUCAAGGGAACAAGAGUAUCUUGCAGCAAGAAAAUCGCUCACCUUCUUCGCCGUCAUCACCAUUCUCCUCAUUCUGGUGACCAUUGGCAACGCUAUAUGGUGCACGCAUAAUUUUCACAAGGGACUCAAGCCGCAUCUUGUGCGAGCCCGCAAGAGCAGUGAUGCUGAAAAGGCCACCGAGCUGAGUACCCGAGUGCCUGGAGAGGGCGUCCCAGCCCGAAUGAUGAUUGAUUGA